CAUGUGUGGCGUGAAACACAGCGAUUUGUAUCAUUGUGGCUUGUUUGGUUUCUGAAAUCUCAGACAUUGUUUCUAGUUUCUUCAAGUAUCAGCGAUGGGUGGAGCUCAAGCCAUGAAAAGAAUCCCUCGCAUCAAGUUCCCCCAGAGACAUCCCAAGCCCUCUGGUUCUGCAUCUGGGACUCAACCUUCGUCUUCAGCAAGUGAUGCUAAUUUAUCAUUCUUUUCGAGUUCAAUAGCUUCAGGAACAGUUGCAGGGAAGGCCUCUCUUCAGCCCAAAAGAACUCCUGUGUCUAAUGAGGAGAUUGAGGCAAUUUUGUUGGGUGGCUCCUUCUAAUCGGGUGUUCUAAAAGUCGCACUGUAUUGUGAACUUCUUUUCCGUGGCUCUGAUUUGUCAAAAUUCACUGAUGAUGGUUCCUUUUUUUUUCUUUUUGUUGCUUGGGUGUUAUGUUGGAACAGUUCACUGAUUGAAAUUGUCAAUAAGGUAAUACGAGCAGGAUUAAAAUUGAAGACCAUGUUAUCAUUGUUAUUACUUCUGUAAACUAACCAAUUUACCUAUACAGAAGGUACUUCAGUUUCUUUCAAUAUG